AUGUAUUUCCUCAUCCUCGCUGUGCUCAAUUCCCAACAUCUCGCUUUCACAUUGCUUUCGAUUGAUGUAGAUGCAUUUACGUCUAUAAGCGUAGUGACAGUCUUCACUUUCCCGCUAUCCGCCAUACUCGUGUCACGUUUCCUCCUCCGCCUGCAGUCAGCAAGCCUCCGGGCCGUUGGCUCCAUACCGUCCUCACAGAUUUCGUCGCUGCACCUCGACCACUCCCUGAUAGUCGAACGGGUCGUUGGAUCACUCGGAGCAUCGAUUGUCGCCGAAGAUUACCUGACAGAAGAUCACAAUGAUGGUGACAUUGGGGAGAGAGCUGACGAUCCGACUCAGACGUCGAGGGAGUAG